AUGGGGCCGGUUGAUAUCUUGAAAUUUCUUAAACGGCUAGAUUGUUUCCCUAAUGCAACUAUUGCAUAUAGAAUUUUGUUAACUAUUCCAGUGACCGUCGCAUCAGCUGAGAGAAGUUUCUCCAAAUUGAAAUUAUUGAAGUCCUAUCUACGUUCAACAAUGACACAAGAAAGGCUCAGUGGGUUGGCUACUAUAGCAAUUGAAAAUGAUAUACUGGAGGGGGUUGCUUAUGAAGAUCUAAUUGAAGAUUUUGUAUCAAGAAAUGCUCAAAGGAUGGCACGCUUUGGCUAA